AUGGCUAAUUUAUCCGAUGCUCUGGAAACUCAAAUUGGAGACAUAGAAGACUUGGAAGACAGAUUAAUCGUGAUGGAAUCAAUUGUUGAACAACUAAAAUCCUCAAAAAUAAUGAGAGCAGAGCUUGAAGUUCUUUUAAAUCAAUAUAUAGCUCUUGAAGAUUCAAUUAUCAAUGGGCUGCAUCAGCUUGCUAAGAAGGCAGAAGACUUAGUAUCACAAAACCUCAUAACUAACGCUACAUCAAAGUUCAAUGAGCUGGGCUCGAGCUAUCAAGAUACUUGAAGCGAUGAAUUUUGAGAGACUUAUAACAUGAUUAGAGAAGGCUACCAAACUUCAGAUAAAAAGAAAACUGGACAGGAAAUAAAUAACCAAGUUGAGUCGAUGCAAGACAUUGCACUUGCUUUGAAUCGAACGAAAAAUAAAAUACAGAAUGAUGAUAGAGGAAAAAAAGCAUUAGAAGAAAUUGAAGAACUAAGCAAGACAUAUCAGAUUAGUGUAUUGGGACCUCAAAUCCAAGAUUUUCAUAAUAACAAAUGCAAAUGUGUUUUAAUUUAA